AAUACAAAAAUAUAAAAACUCUUUAUUCUUCUCAACACAAAUGGACUCCCAUUUGAAAAUCAAAAACUCUUUAGAGAAAAACGAAUUCAUCUCUCAUCGAGAUCAUCCCUUCCCUUGUCGAUUUCGUUACAUAUCUGAAGUAAACGUUGUUCAACAAUCAUUGAUCAAAAAUCAUCAAUCGAACUAUAGUAGUACUACUAUUGAUGAGAUACAAAGAGUUGGAAACGACAAAUAUAAACAUUUUAGUCAUCGACACAAUUUGUUAACGUACUCGUUACGUGCCUCGGAUUGUGUGCACUGCUAUUUCUGUAAGACAACAAUUUCAGGUAUGUCGUACGGGUGCAAACGUUGUAGGUACUUUCUACAUGAGUCAUGUUUCGAAUUCCCACAAGUCAUUGAACAUUUGGCUCACCCCGGACAUCAACUAAUUCUCAAGUAUAAUACUCCAUCAAUCGAUACUAAUAUUCAAUUUAAUUGCAAAGCCUGUCACGUCGGUGAUAAUCCUGCUUUGUUGUUCAACUUUCAUUAUUCUUGCGAUCAUUGUGAUUUUGCUCUUCAUAUGGGGUGUGCAUCUAUGCCUUAUAAAGUUCUUCACAAGGAUAUGACAUUGUCUGUAUUUUACUCAAAUCCUUUGAGGAAUGAAGCCGGACCACUACUUUGUGACAUUUGUAACCACUCGAUAGACAAAUCGAAUAAUUCUUGGGUAUAUUAUGACUAUAGUCAUAAUUUUGUGACACAUUUUGGGUGUGUUGCUGAUUCUUUAUAUGGAAAAGGAGGAAAUGAUAAAGAUUACAUCAUUGGUGUUCAGAAUGGAUUGACAAAUCUUGAUGGUGAUGACACUUCUAUAGUAAACUAUCAACAGAAUGAACAUAAAGGAUCACAAUAUAAGCGAUUUUUUCAUCGACAUGUUUUGCAACAAUUGGAUAGGUCGAUGGACAAUAGUGUCAAGAAUCGAAAAUGUGGAAUUUGUGGUACGGAUCUAAGUACAGACAAGAAAAGAGGAUGUUUGAGUUGUGAUUUUAUAAUUCACGAGAGGUGUUCUUUUUUGCCUGAGAAAAUUCAACAUCCUUUUCAUCCACAUCCACUCACACUCAUUCCUAAAAAAGACGGAGUUGAAGUUCAAUGCAUUGGAUGUCGUCAAUCUAAUGGUUGUCCCACCAACUACACAGUUUUGUACCAAUGCAAGAUUUGUGAAUUUCAACUUCAUCCAUCAUGUGCUGCUUGUCCAAGGAGACUUAAAAAACUUGAUUUAACUUUGUGUUACUCUUUUCCUUAUAAGAAUGAGGUAUCAAAGCUCUAUUGCAACUAUUGUUCAAAAGUCAUCAACAAGGAUCAAUGGUUGUACUAUGGAAGAAGUAACGAUGAGAAGAGACACAUUACUUGUCAAUUGGCUGUCGGUGUUUCGAAUUGUUAUGUCACAUUACGCGAUUUAGAGGUAGAAUAAUAAUAAAUAAACUAGGAUCGAGUGAAUAAUGAUUCAGUCAUAAUCAAUAUAUCAUUAUUUCGUUUCAUGAUUUCAUAGAACGCUUCAUCUGCUUUAUUUAUGAAUAAAUUAGGAUAAUAUACUUUGAAAAAAUAAUUUUGUGCUAUGUAAGAUAAUUCUAUAAUUGUUUUUUCCCCUGCCGUUAUUUAUUUAUG